AUGAACAACCAGAACAUAUUCCUCAGCAAUGGCACGUGCUACACAGCGGUAGGAAAGAAGUUCGAGGCCGGGAACUUCAUCCCUUGCGGCAAUGACGCCUUCGGCCAUCAUACAUGUUGUGGAGGAGGAGAUAACUGUCUAGCCGACAAUGCUUGCUUUGGAUACUAUGGCUCCGGCUAUGGCAGCUCCCUCACAUACAUGGCCGGGUGCACUGAUCCGGACUACAAGGACGCGACUUGUCCGGACAAGAAGGGAAUCGACGACGGGCCAUGGAUCGCCCUUACUCUAUGCGACAACAGCGACGGCGUCUGGGCGGCCUGCUCACAAGAAGGCAACCCAACAACCCUCCAACCCGGCUCCUUCUGCUCUUGCACCGACGCUGCAUCGGCUACGACGGCAUUCAGCGACAGCAACAGCCUUGCAAACAUCGCCUCGCUGCCGGACAGCACCGGAGGCAGUAUCCAAUUCUUCGUCGGCCACAUCCCGACCUCUCCUGGAGGGGCCGGAACCACCGCUACGGCUACGGCUCAGACCUCGAUCUCGACUAACUCCAAUGGCGAGACCGUGACAGUGACGCUGACGCAGUCAGCUACGGCCUCGGAAGGCAUCACAACUGGCGGGGACACAAGUAGCGGUACCAUCGGCUCGUCCUCGCCUGGUGAGACUGGCGCGAAUGGCAGCACUGGUUCAGACCGGAGCUCGGGGCUGAGCUCAGGCGCCAAAAUCGGCAUCGGUGUUGGCGUCGCAGGCGGUGGGUCGCUCCUCCUCGCCGUCAUAAUAGCCAUAUUCCUCUACCGUCGCAGGCGUAGACGCUCGCCAUCCGGAAUCGAGAACGGCGGGCCCAAGGACAAGCCGCACCCGACGGUGCCUGAAGCUGCUGGCCAGGCCAUUUCGGAAGCCGAUGGGAAGGUUAUUGAAAAGCCUGCUGCUGAGACGGAUGGGCAGGCCGUGUCAGAGGCGGAUGGGAAUGCGGCGCGUCCGUGGAGUAUGAGGAGUGAGCUGGAGGCAAACCAGGCCGUGCCGAGUCUGGGAGAGCACGCGGCGGCUUCGGCGGUAGUGGGUACCGCACCAGGGGGUCGCGUGAAGAAGAGCGAAGAAUUGAAACCUGUUGCUGAGUUGCCGGGUAGUGAGGGUUGGGGCCACGGAAACGGAUUGUCGCGAGAAGGACAAACACCUACCGGCGGUCCAGGUGGAACAACGAGUCAGGUGCCACCACUUGAUGCGGGGGGUUCCGCUGUUAAUCCGACCCAAGCGCACCCCCCGAAUAGUCAGGGAGAAGGCAAGACGUCGAUGGAGGGGCCAGGGCAGCAAAACUGGGGGCGGGGAUGGAGGGCGCAGUUUGAACAGGCGAAGGAGGGCACAUAG